AUGAUCCCGUCGUUAAAGGAACUUUGUACGCGAAGUAUUGUCAAAAACAAGGAUGGAUUGGUAUCUGUUGAAAACGUCCCGCUCAGGCUAAUAAAGGACUCUCUGAAGAGGAUCAACAUUGGAGUGGGUCAGAUGACUCGUUAUGAGAGGAGUAACCCUCUGUAUGUGCUUGACCGUGAGGCGGAUACGGAGUUUUGGCUUGAAUUUUUGAAGCAAGAUUUCCCGACUAAUGUCCAUGACCAGUACGUUACCUCUAAGGAUAGCAUCAAAGAGUACUAUACGAAUGUGCUGCUUGAUUUUGGGGUAGAUCUGAAUGAUGGUUCACAAUUGGAUGAAUACAGAGUGUACCGCAUCCUGUUAAAGAGAUGGCUUGUGAGAGACGCCACUUUGGGGAAGUAUAACGUGCCCUAUAGAAUGCUUUACUUCAAAUACCAGCAGGAUGAGAAGCGGAAACAGGAACAGGUAGUUGAAAGGCUAAGGAUUCAAGUGCAAAUGGCAAAGAAGGAGAGAGAACUAAAGUCGACCGUGGCAGUCAACGAGAGUUUCUACAUCAACAAUAUCAAGAACAAGACCCGGAAAGGUCCCUCCUCCGUGAAGUUACAGUCGCAAUUCGGAGUCUCGAAACCGAAAACGGUGGUACGUAGAAACGUCGAGCGGGUGGCGUUUGGCGGUAUGGCAGGUCGAAAGCUUGAUCCUGCGAAGAUAAGGGCAGUCUCCCGUGAUCUGCCGAAUGUUGUUCCAAGCAUUCCACCGGUGGGCAAGAAGCCCCAGAAUUCCACCAUAGCUACAAACACAAGCACAAUAGACCCACCGAGAGGCCGGCCAGCACCAGAACCGAUACCGCGAUCGACAAGGAAACGCCAGGACGACUCGCAGAACAUAUUCCUCACUACGAAGAAACCGAAAAGGCCCUUGGUCCUUGCAAAAAAGACCGAGCACCACGGUGCAAUUACAAGACACACUCAGGACUCAAACGUAAAGGCGGGUACCGCUGGUACGACGACUCCGGAAGAACUCAGCAGGAACAGAGACACACCCUGUCGCAAACCCCCGCUGGAGGCCAAACGGAAACAGUCGCAGAUCUUUGGCCCGAGAACAGCUACAACCUCGGGGCCAACGCGACUGGAACAGAAACCGCACCCAGUGCAUCCCAGCAACACUCCAGAGGUACCGCAGCAAGCCACCGCCAGGCGGGUCCGGUCGCUCAAGAACUACCUCGGUGAGAGGCACCGGCCGUUCCGUGGAAUGUGA